AUGGGCCGAAAGAGAUAUGCCAAGUUUCAAUAUGGCAAAUCAAGGACGUCAAGAACUAGCCCAGUUGAACUUGAGAAAGAAACGAUUGUUGACAGUGAUGAGAUUUUUGAUGCAGUCGGGCAAUCAAAAUUUGUUCUGGAGAAACUUCAGCAUUACACGGUCCAUCCUAAUUUGGCCCAGUACUAUGAGCCUAUGAAGCCCACUGCGCUGCAUAAAUUCCUGGCUCGAAACAGGAAAAUCCAAAGCUUCAUGUUAAAAGUAACAGAGUAUGAUCAGGAUAAGACUUUACUGAUUCUGACCAACAACCCACCUCCCUGCCCAACUGACCAUCAAGGAAAGGACGACACACCAAAAUACUUCUCGAAGGAGUUACUGCUUAAGGAAAGUUGUCAGCACAAACCCGCUGAGAACCUACCCCUGAUGUCUCAGAAAAAAAAGUUAAGAUCUGAGCUGAAACCAAUCUUCCCGGUGACACUGUUGGAGGACCCUGCAUCCAAGCAAGAACAAUGGUUUAGGUUUUCCACGGACAAGGAUUUCAAGAGUGAAGGGAAGUAUUCAAAGGCGUACGCUUUGAGAAAACAGAAAAAAAUGUACCCUCAGCUGAACUUUGCUCCUGUCUGUAAAAGAGACACGAGGAAUGACGUCUCCGAGAAGUCAGGGAGCGACUUGCCAACAUCCCAGAUGAUCUGGGAACCAUUAACCCUUUCACCACUUCUGAAAGAGAAGCCCACCAGAACCGUGCCAGGAGAGAGCACCUUCCGCAAUGGAAGGGCCCAACAGUGGAUUAUAAAAAAAGCCACUGUCACUAAGUGA